AAGCUUCAUUGCAAUAUUUGUUUCAAGUAUUCAAAGAGCUUCACCAAAAAUAAUUAAAACAAGGAAUAGAGAAUAAUGGCUCUGUUCACUGCUGAACACUUGGCUUUCUUAUUUGGCCUUCUAGGGAAUGUUAUAUCGUUCUUGGUAUUCUUGGCACCUAUGCCAACUUUCUACACAAUUUGGAAGAGGAAGUCAUCCGAAGGGUUUCAAGCAUUGCCAUAUUCAGUAGCAUUUUUCAGUGCUUCCUUGUUGUUAUACUACGCUUUCCUUAAAACCGGAGAGUUUAUGAUCAUUACUAUAAACGGCAUUGGAUGUUUCAUCGAGACGGUUUACCUCUUGAUCUACAUAAUAUAUGCACCCAAGAAGUCCAAGUUAUUCACAGUGGCUCUCGUUCUCAUAUUCAACGUUGGAGGGUUAGGGUUGGUCAUGCUAGUCUCUCUACUAGCUUUCCAUGGUGCAAGCAGAGUUACUUUGGUGGGAUGGAUAUGUUGUAUUUUAAACCUAGCUGUAUUUGCUGCCCCUUUUAGCAUCAUGAAGCGUGUGAUCAAGACGAAAAGUGUAGAGUACAUGCCAUUCACUUUGUCAUUUUGUCUUACCCUUUGUGCUACAAUGUGGUUUUUCUAUGGAUUCUUCAUCAAUGACUAUUACAUUGCAGGUCCAAAUAUUUUGGGAUUUUUGUUCGGGAUUGUUCAAAUGAUCUUGUACUUCGUCUACAAAAAUGCCAAGAAGGACGAUGGGGAGCUCAAGCCGACCAAGAAUAUCGAGAAGAACAUGAACCUCGAGGAAGCCAAGGAGGUUGAAAUCGUCUCUAAAUGAUUUGAAGAUGAAGAGGAAAGACAUUACAAUAAUAGCAAUCUAUUCUAUACUAAGCAUUUAGAAACAAUCCAGCAUGAUAUUGUUUCUACGUAGUACUAAAUAAAUUCCAUUGCCAAUUAUCCUUUUCAGAAUUUCUCCUAGCUCCUUCAUACUUUAGUGAAAUAUUUAUACUAUGUAAAUUUUGAUUACAUAUUUGGAUAUUUCACUAUAGAAAGGCAUUGGGAAUAUAAUUAUUCAUUUUCCUA